AUGGAGGACUCGAUGGAAGUCUCUGCCUAUGAGGCCAACGGCAGCAGCGACUUUGAGCCGGUCGCGAAGGCGAAAGCCAAAGCGCCUACGAAGAAGCCUGCAGUGCCCAAGGCAAAAGCCGUGAAACAAACGACGCUGAAAGUCACCAAAGCAGCACCGCCAGCGAAGUCGAGGAAGCGCAAGGUGGACUCUGACAGCGAGAAUGACGACGAUGAGGAUUCUGUUCAUGACAACUCGCUUCUCUCGAACACACCUCCUUCUGCGAAGAAGCAGAAGAAGGCGCCUGCAGCGAAGAAGGCAGCAAGCAAGCCGCUCAUGGAGGUUGAGAACGGAAGUUUCACGCUCGAUGGCGCAGCAGACGAAAAGCCGAAGUCCGCGAAAAAGACAAAGGGCAGCGCAACGGAGCAAUAUCAGAAGCUUACACAGCUCGAGCACAUUCUCAAGCGUCCCGAUACGUACAUUGGCUCCGUCGAGCGAACCACGGAGCAGAUGUGGGUGUACAACUCUGAGACGGAUCAGAUGGAAAACCGGAAGGUGACCUACGUACCCGGUCUGUACAAGAUCUUCGAUGAGAUUCUGGUUAACGCUGCCGACAACAAACAGCGCGACAAGAACAUGAACGAAAUGCGCGUACUGGUCAAUCGUGAGAUGGGCGUGAUAUCGGUUCAGAACAACGGCCGCGGCAUACCGGUAGAAAUCCACGCUACGGAAGGCAUUUACAUCCCAGAAAUGAUCUUCGGUCAUCUACUCACGUCUUCCAAUUAUGAUGAUGAGGAAGCGAAGGUCACCGGUGGUCGCAACGGUUACGGUGCGAAGCUCACAAACAUCUACAGUACUCAAUUCCAGCUGGAGACGGUAGACUCAAAGACUAAGCAGAAGUAUAAGCAGACCUGGAAGAAGAAUAUGUCGGAGAUUGGCACGGCCAAGAUCGAACCCUGCAAGGAGGACGACUACACCAAGAUCACCUUUAUGCCUGACUUCCGCAAGUUUGGCAUGGACAAAAUGGACGAUGACUUCGAGGCGCUAGUCAAGCGCCGUGUCUACGACAUGGCUGGUACCUGUACAGGCGUCAAGGUGUUCCUGAACGACAAGCGGAUCAAAAUCAGCAAGUUCAAGCAGUAUAUGGAGAUGUAUACCAAGGCUAUCAAGAGUGAGAACCUGGCAAAUGGUACAGAAUCGGAGCAGGUCAUCCUUACCGACAAUCCACACGAGCGCUGGGAGAUCGGUUUCGCAGUUUCUGAUGGCUCUUUCCAGCAGGUCUCAUUUGUCAAUUCUAUUGCCACAACGUCCGGCGGUACGCACGUCAACUACAUUGCCGACCAGAUCUGCGACAAGCUCGAGGAGAUUGUAAACAAGAAGAACAAGGGCGGUGUCAAGCUGAAGAAGGCACAGAUCCGAAACCAUAUCUUCCUCUUCGUGAACGCGCUUAUUGUCAAUCCUGCCUUCACCUCGCAGACCAAGGAGCAGCUCACGACCAAGCCUAGCGCAUUUGGGAGUAAGCCGCAGGUCAGCGAGAAAUUCCUCAAAGACAUUGCGAAGACUGAGGCCGUGACCAACAUCCUACACUUUGCACAACAGAAGGCUGAUAAGGUUCUUGCAAAGUCUGAUGGCAAUCGUCGGCAGCGCAUGAAUAACAGCAAGCUUACGGACGCCAACGAUGCGGGCACGAAAGAUGGCUACAAGUGCACUCUGAUUCUGACCGAAGGUGACUCGGCUUCAUUGUUGGCUCUUGCAGGUCGUGCUGUUGUCGGGCCUGACCGUUUCGGCGUCUUCCCGCUUCGUGGCAAGCUGCUCAAUGUGCGCGAUGCGUCUAUCGAUCAGAUCUCGAAGAACCAGGAAAUCCAGAACAUCAAGAAGUUUAUGGGUCUGCAGCACAAGAAGGAAUAUACUGACACGAAGUCACUGCGCUACGGUCACUUGAUGAUCAUGACCGAUCAGGACCACGAUGGCUCACAUAUCAAAGGCUUGCUCAUCAACUUCCUCCAAGUCCAGUUCCCGAGCUUGUUGAAGAUCCCUGGCUUCCUGCUCGAGUUCAUCACUCCUAUUGUCAAAGUCUGGAGAGGCGACCCCAAAAAUCCGAAAGCGAAGCGCGAUUUCUUUACCAUGCCGGAGUACGAGGCCUGGAAGGAGCAGCCCGGUAAUGAGAGAGGCUGGGACCACAAGUACUACAAGGGGUUGGGUACCUCUGACACCAAAGACGCCCAGAUCUACUUUGCGGAUCUCGACAAGCACCUGAAGCGGUUUCACAAGAUUCAGGACGGUGAGCCGGAGCUACUGGAACUGGCGUUCAGCAAGAAGAAGGCAGAUGCACGGAAGCAGUGGCUGCAGGAAUUCGUACCUGGCACGUAUCUUGACAUGUCCGGAACGGACGACAUUACUUAUGACAGCUUCAUCAACAAGGAGCUCAUCCUUUUCUCCAUGGCGGACAAUGUGCGUUCGAUCCCAUCCGUCAUUGAUGGCUUUAAGCCGGGCCAGCGCAAGGUGCUGUACACCUGCUUUAGACGCAACCUGAAGAAGGACGUCAAAGUCGUCGAGCUUGCCGGCUCAGUCUCAGGUCUGACCGCCUACGCCUACGGUGAAGCAUCAAUGCAGGGCACCAUCGUCGGCCUGGCGCAGAACUUCGUCGGAUCAAAUAACAUGAAUUGCCUCGAGCCAUCAGGCAAUUUCGGCUCACGUCUACAAGGUGGCCAAGACGCCGCGAGCGCCCGUUAUAUCUACACGAGACUGUCACCCUUCGCUCGCAAGGUCUUCCAUACUACAGACGAGGCAUUGCUUACAUACAACACCGAUGACGGGAAGACCAUCGAGCCGGAGUGCUACUUGCCGAUUGUGCCUAUGAUCUUAAUCAAUGGCGCUGACGGAAUAGGUACGGGAUGGAGCACAUCUAUCCCGAACUAUAACCCCGAAGAUGUCAUUGCGAACCUCAAGCGCCGUAUGGAAGGUGACGGCAAGGAUGCCAUGCAAGCCAUGACUCCAUGGUUUCGAGGCUGGACCGGACCAGUUGAGCAGACUCGUGACGAUCAAUUCAAGUUUAAUGGUGUCAUAACCGUUACUGGCGACAACACGGUCGAGGUUACUGAGUUGCCUGUGCGCGUUUGGACGCAGGACUUCAAGGACAAGCUUGAAGACAUAAUAAAAGCCGAGAAGAGCCCUUCUUUCAUCAAGGAUUACGUCGAAUACAAUACACCUGAAAGAGUGCACUUCAUCAUCAAGAUGGAAGAGAAGAGCAUGCAAUCCGACGAAGGCAAGCUGGCUGAUUUCUUCAAAUUGAGCAAACCUAUGGCUACAUCUAACCUCGUCGCGUUUGACGCUCACGGUCGCAUCCACAAGUACGCUACGCCUCUCGACAUCAUGGAGGAGUUCUACCAAGUCCGUCUGCAGAUGUACCAAAAGCGCAAGCAGCAUAUGCUCGCAGAGAUGCAAAGGGAGCUUGAGAAAUUGAGCAACCAAGCGCGAUUCGUGAAGAUGAUCAUUGAUGGCAAGCUGGUGGUCAGCAAGAAAAAGAAGGCUGUGCUGGUCGCAGAGCUGCAGAAGCUUGGCUUCACGCGCUUCCCCAAAGUCGUGGACGCGAAAAAGGAAGGGGAGUUCGAAGCCGUUAUCGAGCCGGGCACCGAAGGCGAGGAGUCGAAUGCGGAUGAUGCAGAUACUGCCGCCGGAGCGAGUGACUAUGACUACCUUCUUGGCAUGGCCAUAUGGUCGCUUACGCAAGAGCGAGUUGAGAAGCUGUUGAAGCAGAUUGGCGACAAAGAGACGGAGAUCGACGCUCUGACCAAGAAAUCUGCGAAGGAUCUGUGGAAGACCGAUCUUGAUGCGUUGCUUGAGGAAUGGCAGAAGCAGCUCGAGGAGGAGGCGAAGCGGGAGAAGAAGGUGAGGUCGAAGGGUCGUCGUGCGAGUGCGAAGCUCGGCAUAGGUGCAAAAGGGGGCAGCAAAAAGCGCAAGGCUAACGAUGACUCGGAUUUUGCCGAGGACUCUGACUUCGCAGCCAAGAAGCCGGUUGCGAAGGCUGCGAAGCCUAAAGGGGGAGUGCUGGCCAUGCUGAAUAACAAGUCUGCUGGCGUGAACGGAGUUGAGCAGAAGCCGGUCGUGAAGCCGGCAGAACUACAGAUGACCCUUGACGGAGCGUUCGACAAGCCGAAGCCCAAGCUUACGGCUGCUGCUAGGAUGGCGGCAUUGGCGGUAGACGACGUGCUUAAGCCGGCUGUCAUGCCGAAGGCAGUGACGAAGACGUCCCAUCCAUCCAGGGACGUCGAUGAAGACGUUUUUACCGCGGUGGCUAGAGAAAGCUCCAAGCCAGGUACGACAAAGCUUGUGGUCGCUAAGAACCUGGUGCCCACGAGCAACGACAGGGAGGAAGAUGAGGACGACGAUUUCGCGCAGGUCGUGAGGAUGGCGUCGAAGCCGUCCGCUGCUCCUACGCGCACCGGCCGAACAGCCGCACAGAAGCCGAAGAAGUACACCGUGGACUCGGACGAGGGCGAUUCCGACUUGAACAACGAGCCUCUGGACGAUGUCAGCACCAUGGUCAAGGGCAUUGGCAACAAUAACAAAGAUGGACCGACACGCCUCUUCCAUCCAGCCUCCGUUUCCCGGCCGACGAGCAGUCACGGCUCGAAGUCUGCCAGACCCGGCAAGAAGCUUACCGGAGACUCUGACGUUUCAGAUGAUGAGACGGACUGGGCGGCGCUAGCACAAAACUCGCCGCACAAGGCUGCUCGUCAUACAGUUCUCUCGGACGACGACGAUGAGCUUCUUGAUAUCAAGCCUAAGAACAAGCCCGCUUCGAAGGUAUCUAAGACAAAAGCGAUCAAGGAGUCUCCGGCAUCCCUGAAGCUUGGGAAGGCGCCGUCGGCAGCCGCUAUCGUGCAUGCCCUACCGAAAACGCUUUCGCCAGCAGCUAAGGCAUACGCCGCGAAGCAAGCAAAGGCUGGUGCAGCUGCUAAGUCUGCACCAAGGCUUAAGCUACCCAUUGCUUCUGACGACGGUGACGACGUGGAUGCACUAGCGAACGACAUUCUGAGUGACGGCGAGGGCGCUCCCACGAAGUCUGCCGCUCGACCUGCGAGGCGGGCCGCGGCUGCGGCUGCGGCGUCAAAGAGCAAGUAUGUUCAAGAUGACAGCUUUGAGAUGGAUGACGAUGGGGAUUCGGAAGCGGAGUUCGACGACGACGAUGAAGAGUGA